GCAGCAGAUGAAGCCUCUCAGGCCGUUUCCCUUCCCGCUCAACAUUGGGACGGACAUUUGCCGGAUAUCUCGCAUCUAUGCGAUCCUGAGGAGCUCCCGGGGCCCGCGGUUUGUGGACCGCAUCUUUUCUCCGGAAGAACAAGCGAGGAAAGAUGAGCGGCUGCAAUGUCUCGAUCAUCGUCCCCCGCUCGGCAAUGCCUUUGGGGAUGAGGAGGCAUUGGGAAGACAAUCCGGAAUGAAGAAGAAUCUUGGGAGCAGCGAGGAGAUUGCUCGGAGGGAUCCGGAGAGGUGGGCGGCUGCUUCGUUUGUUGCUGGGAGGUUCGCCGCAAAGGAAGCAGCCAUCAAAGCCCACUCUCAUCGGCGGCUCACCUUUCACGACGUUGUGAUUGAGCGGCGCGGGAGGCAGGAGGAGCGUCUGGGCAGUGGACCGCCCGUGGCGCGGAUCAAGGGCGGCGAGGGGGAUGCGGAGGAUGCGAGUGCGAUGAUUUCGAUCAGUCAUGAUGGUGAUUAUGCGACGGCGGUGUGUAUGGCGUAUGAUCCGAGUGUUUUAGAGCAGGGUGGCAAGCAGCUGUGCUAG